GCGUCUGCGUCCCUGUCCCCGGCCGCGAGCAUGCUGUGGACGCGCGGGCCCUGCCUGGCCGCCGCGCUGGGCCUCGCGCAGGGCGGGCUCGGUGGUCCCGCGGGCCGGGCGGCGAGCGGGGGGCGCGCGCGGGCCUGGGUGCGGCCCGAGGGCCGGGACACGGGCGUGCAGGUGUACAAUACCCGCACCGGGAGGAAGGACCCUCUGGUGGUGGCGCGCGCGGAGGCCGCCUCCUGGUAUAGCUGUGGACCGACUGUGUACGAUCACGCGCACCUUGGCCAUGCUUGCUCCUAUGUUAGAUUUGAUAUAAUUCGCAGAAUCCUAACUAAGGUUUUUGGAUGCGACAUAGUCAUGGUGAUGGGUAUUACAGACGUGGAUGAUAAAAUAAUCAAAAGAGCCAAUGAGAUGAGUAUUUCACCUGCUUCUCUCGCCAGUCUUUAUGAGGAAGAUUUUAAGCAAGACAUGGCAGCCUUGAAGGUUCUCCCACCCACCGUGUACAUGAGGGUAACUGAAAAUAUUCCUCGGAUCAUUUCUUUCAUUGAAGGAAUAAUUGCUCGAGGGCAUGCAUAUUCAACAGCGAAAGGCAAUGUCUACUUCGACCUGCAGUCUAGAGGAGACGAGUACGGCAGGCUGGUCAGCGUGGUCCCAGGUCCAGCUGGAGAGCCAGCUGAUUCUGACAAACGACAUGCCAGCGACUUUGCCCUGUGGAAGGCAGCCAAGCCCCAGGAGGUGUUUUGGGCCUCUCCCUGGGGAAAUGGAAGGCCCGGCUGGCACAUCGAGUGCUCUGCCAUCGCAAGCAUGGUGUUCGGGAGCCAACUGGACAUCCACUCGGGUGGGAUAGAUUUAGCUUUUCCGCACCAUGAAAACGAGAUUGCGCAGUGUGAGGUCUUUCAUCAGUGCAGGCAGUGGGGAAAUUACUUCCUGCACGCUGGCCAUUUGCACGUGAAAGGCAAGGAAGAAAAAAUGUCCAAAUCAUUAAAAAACUACAUCACUAUUAAGGACUUCCUCCAGACGUUUUCCCCCGACGUCUUCCGGCUUUUCUGCAUGCAGAGCAGCUACCGGUCAGCCAUCGACUACAGCGACAGCUCCAUGCUCGAGGCCCAGCGCCUCCUGCUGGGGCUCGCCUCCUUCGUCGAGGAUGCCCGCGCCUACAUGAGGGGGCAGCUGGCCUGCGGCUGCGUCGCAGAGGCCGAGCUGUGGGAGAGACUCACCAACACCAAGGGGGCCGUGAGGGCAGCACUGGCCGAUGACUUUGACACACCUAGGGUGAUCCGUGCCAUCCUGGACCUCGUGCACCACGGGAACCGGCAGCUCAGAGUGGCUACCAAGGAACCUCAUGGUCCGAGAAGUCCAGCUGUAUUUGGUGCCAUCGUCUCCUACGUUGAAGAGUUUUUUGAGACCGUUGGAAUUUCUCCGACAAAUCGACAGUGUGUUGCAGGAGACAGCAGCACGGCCACGCUACACAGCGUGGUGGACGAGCUGGUGCGGUUCCGGCUGAAGGUCCGACAGUAUGCGCUGGCCACACCAGAGGCCACUGGGGAGGCCCGGCGGCAGCUGCUGCCCGAGAGGCAGCCCCUGCUGGAGGCAUGUGACAUCCUGCGCCAGGACCUCGCUGCCCAUGGUGUCAGCAUUAAGGUCGCACUGGAGCAGCCUCUGGCCUGUGUCAGAGGUAGCAGUGUCCCGCUCAGCAUCCAGCUGCUUCGUGUAGGGCCAGGAUCUCUCUGUCUCCAGGAUAGAAGCAGUACCAUAUCCACGUGGGAACUGCUGGAUCAAAGGACAAAAGACCCAAAGCUGGGGACCUGAGGAUGGAGUAACGCCACAGACCCCCAGGCUCACAACACAGCUUCUGCGCUCUCCUAUGCUAAGAACUUUAUAUUAAAGUUUCCUAUUGUGGCUGUUCAGUCAAUGUGAAAAUAAAGCAAACCAAUACUAUCCCA